GUGUACUAAUAUUUUUAUUUAAUAAUUUGUGUGUCGUUGCAAUGUACUGUAAGUAAACAUGCAUGUCAGCAGUCAGCACAAUGUCGUUGUUCCAGUGAGACCGAGAGCGCAGCGCAGAUGGGGGAUGCUUCAAGUUUUCUCCUCUUGGUAGGUUGUUGUCACUGAGGCCCCGAGGCACUGUUAGCUGAAAGCCGAAAGAAGGAACCAACGGCAGCAGGAGAACCACCGUUGAUCAGGAGCAGCCACAGCCCCCUAGCCCGUUCCCAAGCAAGCUAGCAACAAGCGGAAAGCGACCGGGCAAGGGGGCAGGAGAGGCCGCGGCCGGCCGGGCGGCUCGGCCAACUGGACCCCGCUCGUCGCUGUCCGACCCACAUCAGCAACUCGCCGAACGCAGGCACAAGAGGUUCCAUCCAUGAGGCAACCAUGCUCGUGCUCAUCAACAGAUAUUUCAGGAGCAGGAACAGCCCGGCAGGAGGCGGGGACGAGAUGGCGCCGGCGGACCGCGACCACCUGUGCCUGCCUGGCUGCGUGCCCGUGCGCGCCAAGCGGGCCGCCUCCACGGCGGCGGCCACGGUCACCACCACAGCGAGGGCGUCGCGGCACAACUUCGUCAAGGCCGCGGCGUCGGGCCUGCUCGCGGGGGCGCACUUUACCAACCACGAGUCGCUGCCGCCGCUGCCGGACGCCUACGCCGAGUUCGUCGCGGCGUUCCCGCAGUACGCCCAUGGCGCGCUUGCGCGGGCCGACGCCAUCCGGGGCGAGGAGUACCAGCACCUGGACCGCCACGUGUGCCUGGACUACACCGGCAUCAACCUCUUCUCGCACGCCCAGAUGAACUCCUCCCUGCCAUCCACCUCCUCCGCGCCGCCGCCCUCGUCCGCCUGGCAGCCGCCCUUCUUCGACAUCGCGUACAAGUCCACGAGCCUGCGCACGCAGGUGCAAUGCGGGGACGCCGCGGCGGGCGGCAUCGGCGCCGCCGUCACCAGGCGCAUCAUGGCGUCGCUCAAGAUCCCCGAGGAGGAGUACGCCAUGGUGUGCACCGCCAACAGGACCACCGCGUUUCGGCUCCUCGCGGAGUCCUACUCGUUCCAGCCCGGCAAGCAGCUGCUCCCCGUGUACGACUACGAGAGCGAGGCCGUGGGCGCCAUGGCCGACAGCGCGCGCCGCCGGGGCGCCGAGGUCACGUCCGCGAGCUUCGCCUGGCCGAGCAUGAGGAUCCACGGAACCGACCUCCGCAAGAGGCUGGCCAGGGGCUGCCGCCGUGGCGCGGGCCGCGGGCUCUUCGUCUUCCCGCUCGCCUCCCGCAUGACGGGCGCCCGGUACCCGUACCUGUGGAUGAGCGCGGCGCACGAGCAGGGCUGGCACGUCGCGCUGGACGCCUGCGCGCUCGGCACCAAGGACCUCGACACCUUCGGACUCUCCCUCAUCCGCCCCGACUUCAUCGUCUGCAACUUCUUCAAGGUGUUCGGCGAGAACCCUUCCGGCUUCGCGGGGCUCUUCAUCAAGAAGUCCAGCCUCGCCGCGCUCGAGCGCUCCGUGAUCGCGCGCAGCAUCGGCAUCGUCAGCAUCGUGCCCGCCCGCCGCUGGUCGCUGCACGACGGCUACUCCACCGAGCUGGAGCACUCGCGGAGCUUCCCCAAGCUCGCCGACCCAGCCCUGGACGACGGCGACGUCGAGACCACGAGCUCCUUCUCCGGCCCGCUCAGCUCCACCGCCGUCACCCGCAGCAGGACCCUGCAGUCUGACGCAGCGGAGAACGGCGACGCCGAUGCCCCGGAGAUCCGCGAGGUCGACAUCACGCCAGAGAACGGCUUCUACACGGGGGAACCCAGAGCAGAGAACGGACACGAGACAGAGCAGCUGGCCAAGGAGGAGGAAGACAGGCAGGGGGGAGAGAGCGUGAUGGAGGUGGAGUGCCGGGGACUGGACCACGCUGACGCGCUGGGGCUCAUCGCCAUCGGCAACCGGCUCCGGUGCAUCACCAACUGGCUGCUGGUGGCCCUGCAGAAGCUGCGGCACCCGCACGCCGACAACGGGCACCAACUGGUGAAGCUGUACGGCCCGCGCGUCAAAUUCGACCGGGGCCCGUCGCUGGCGUUCAACGUGUUCGACUGGAAGGGUGAGCGGGUGUCGCCAAUGCUGGUGCAGAAGCUCGCCGACCGUCACAACAUCUCCCUCACCUGCGGCUUCCUGUGCAACAUCUGGUUCUCAGACAAGUACGAGGCCGAGAGAGGCACCGUCCUGGAGCACAGGAUCGCCGGCAAUUCCGUUUCUGUGGGCGCCAGAGGGAAGAAGAGAAAGGACGCCGGCGGCGACGUGGGGAUUCUCGUGGUGAAUGCGUCACUGGGUUUCCUCAGCAACUUCGAGGACGCCUACAGGCUGUGGGCGUUUGUGGCCAAGUUCCUGGACGCCGACUUUGUGGAGAAGGAGAGGUGGAGGUACACCGCGCUGAACCAGAAGACGGUCGAGGUGUAGACAACUAGGAAGAGGAGAGGACAGCAAUGCUGAUUGCAGCCGGUAGCUUCAGCUAUUGGCAUAUUGGUACGGUUCGGUUCGGUUCACUGUAAAGCAGCAUUCUUUGGGGAUCAGCUCGGCCAUCCCUUUCAGCCAUUCUUUGGGUGUAAACUGCAAGGUGCAAAGAGUAGGUUUUGUUUCUGGAAUAAUGACAUCAUUUGGUAUAUGAAAUCAUGAGUAAGGUGUAAAUCAUUUGGUCCUGUUUGUUCGUCCUACACCAGUUAGGGUUGGUUGGGCCAAAUUUAUGCAUUAGUUUGCCUAGCACUACAAGAAACUGAGAAAUCUCCGACGGUCACGUAAUAUUCGACGGUUUUCUAGACGACCGUUGGACGUAAGGUUAUAUUCGACGACGUCCAACAGCCUACAGAUGUAUAACUUAUUUCCAACAAGCUGUCAGAUAAGCUUGUCUUCUGGCCAUCAGAGAUAAUUAAUUUUAA